AUGAUCCACAAUGGAAAUACUAACUCGUGGCUCUUGUUUGAUUUUGGAAGGUCUUUCCUGGGCAAGUUUCUCUUAUACGGCACCGCAUUCCACCUAUGGAGCUCUUUCGUGUUGGUUCGAUUUGACGACGACGAUACCCAGGACGAUGAUCCAGCCCCCAAGGCACGCCUGGAAGACACCGGCUUGCACCGUGCAUCUGGUGGGGACAAACAGUUGACGGAAGGGGCACUGGAAGAAGACGAGCCCGUGUUCAUUCCGCUAACGUGGUCUCGGUUGCAAGAGGGAGAUCUGUAUACUGCUUCAGAUCCAGAAUGGCAGGAGUUUGUCAAAAUAGCGAAGGAUCGAAAAAAACUGCAGAAUCUGCGAGAUGAACUGGCUACCAUCGUCCUGGAGAGUGCGUCAGAUCGCAUGUCACAGAUAUUGGGAAGCCCCCUUUCUUUGACCGGCUUCUGGCUUGUCCAUCAGUUUCCACCUCGCGCCCCUCCGGGAUAUUUACGUUCUGGGUAUGCGUCUCUCUCAACCCCGUACGGCUCACCUACUGACGUGGCCGCAAAUAGUCUUGAAAUCGCAGAUGAUGGUGUGUCCUGGGUGACUAGACCAUUGGAUCCCGAUGUCGGGGAUCGACUGCAAACGUUUAUGAAGCCGGUCCAUGUGGCCCUUGCGAUCAAGGACGCGUAUGUGAUCCUGAUCAAAAGACAAUGGGCCCGACUUCGAGACCCUAAUACCCAGCCGGUCGAUGCCCUGGAACUGUUGAGCGGCAGUUAUAUUUUGUCGGGGAAUGAGAAGCUCAACCCCAUCAGCCCCCGCCAACAACCCAAAUUACCACCCCCACUAUCCGACGGGCCCCCGGAGAACAUUUUACCCGACGACGAUCCUGAACUCCAUCCGUCUUCUAUCAUAUCGUCGUUGCAGCGUCUUCCCUUGCCUGAUCUCGGACCGGGCUCGGAUCUACAUCUGGCCUCUGUAGCGUUCAAGUUGCGAUUGAACGAGUACCGGGUGCGCAGUCCACGGACCCCGCGUCGAGGGACUUUCUUUGUAUCUGGUCCUGUGGGCCUAAAGGGCCCGAACGGGUUCUGCCGGUUUGAAGUGUGCGGCGAAUAUGACCCCGUGAAGUCAGCGUGGCGAACGGUCGAGAUGAAAUUGAAGGAUAUUAAUCCUAGGAGGCAGAAGGCACUUGGGGGUCAGUGA